CACGAGUCCUGUUGCUGAGGUGUGGCGAUGGCGUCUCGCGGACAGAGACCCGAGCACAGCGGGCCUCCGGAGCUGUUUUACGACAAGAAAGAAGCCCGGAAAUACGUGCGCAACUCACGGAUGAUUGAUGUCCAAACCAAGAUGGCUGGGCGAGCGUUGGAGCUCCUCUGUCUGCCUGAGGGUCAGCCUUGUUACCUGUUGGAUAUUGGCUGUGGUUCUGGGCUGAGUGGAGAUUACCUCUCGGAUGAGGGGCACUACUGGGUGGGCAUUGACAUCAGCCCUGCCAUGCUGGAUGCGGCCUUGGACCGAGACACGGAGGGAGACCUGCUUCUGGGGGACAUGGGUCAGGGCAUCCCAUUCAAACCGGGCUCCUUUGAUGGUUGUAUCAGCAUUUCUGCAGUGCAGUGGCUCUGUAGUGCUAACAAGAAGUCCGACAUUCCUGCCAAGCGCCUGUACUGCUUCUUUUCUGCUCUUUACUCUGUUCUGGUCCACGGAGCUCGGGCUGUCCUGCAGCUGUACCCUGAGAACUCAGAGCAGUUGGAGCUGAUCACGACCCAGGCCACCAAGGCCGGCUUCACUGGUGGUGUGGUGGUGGAUUAUCCCAACAGCGCCAGAGCCAAGAAGUUCUACCUCUGUUUGUUUUCUGGACCUUCGACCUUUAUACCAAUGGCCCAGAACGAAGCUAAUGAGGAAGAGGAGGCCAGGGAGUCCACGUUCACGGUUGAGAGUCUGUCAGGGUCCAGUGUGGCAGAGACGCCAAGGCGGAAAUAGGACCUGGGAACCCUUGGGACUGUGCCUGCACCUGCCUCCGGCUGAGCUAGUGGAGCCCUUCUGGAUGUCUGUGGGCAGCCUUCCUCUCUGCCUGCCUUCUUGCCACACCCAGCAGGCUGUCCUCUCCUCCCAAGGCUGCCUCCUUAACCUACAUCCCGGACCCCGUCCCCACUUGGCCCUGUGGCUCCCUUUCCUCUCCCACAUCCUCACAUUUACCCUCGAGUCAUCCCCGUCAGCACACAAAUGUCCUGCGCGAUUUCGCCUGUCUUCACAAAGGGGCCUCCCUUACCCCGUAACAGCUCCUGGCGGGCACCCUGUUCAUCGCUCCCCUUUGUGACCGAACUCCUCACGUGCCUCCCCUGCCAUUCUCAGUCCUCUCCUCUGGCGCAUGCUUGUCUCAUCACAAAUUGCUCUCUUGAUCAAGGCCACCACCAGGCUGUCUCGCCAAACCCAUGGUCACUUCCCAGUCUUGUUUCCUUCUCCAUCUUCAUUGUAACUUGCCCGCUCGUUAGGAGCUGGUGCAGCCUAUCGCUCCUCUAAUGCUUUUCUCGCUUGGCCUCCCCCGCCAUGGUCCCAGUUUUCUGUUAACCUCACUGGCUGUUCCUUCUCGGUCCACUCUGGGGCCCACCCUGGACCCCUUUUCUCUCUGUGCCUGCUGCCUUAGACACCAGCUAACAGGUUCAGAACCUCCAGGUUUCUAUCCUUGGUCUCAAUCCCACCUUUGCUUUCCAAACCACCUCCCCUCCUAAAUAUCCAUACCUGGACUUCCCACAGGUCUCUGGAACAAAACAGAGCUCUUGGUCUUCACCCCCAAACUUCCUCCCUCCAUUCUUUCCAUUCUCAGCCCUUCCUGUUUUCCUUACAUUUCACAUCUUGUCACUCUAUCCCUUUUCCCCACUCCUACCUGGUCUCUGUCUUUGCUGCCUAGAUUACUGAAAGCUACCUCACUUGUCUCCUUACUUCUGACUUUGCCUCUUUGAAUUCAUUUGCUGUGCAGCAAGACGGAGACUUCCCGUUUUCUUUUACUUUUUAAAAAUGUAAAUCAUAUCUUGCCAUUUCUCUGUUCAGUAUUUUCAGUUGAGUUCUCGUUAACCUUUAUUUUCCCUACCACCUUUCACUGCUCUAAAUCAUAAGUAUUCGUUUAUUUGGUAUUACUUCUGUCCCCAACUAGAAUGAAAACUUGGUGAGGACUUGCACUGUAUCCCUGACACCAGAAUAGUGUCUUGUUAGCAAAAGGUGUUCAAUAUUUGUUGAAGGAACAAUUGAUUAUAAGGUCGUAAAGAAGGAGGUGAUUUCUUAGUUCUGAUUGGUAGGGGUGAAAGGCUUUCAGACUCUUAAGACGUUUAAGAGGAAAAAUGAGCCGAGAAUGGAUGAGUUAGAAAGCCCCACCUGUGGUGAAGAUCA